CUUCGUUGUCUUCCAAGUAACAUCCUCAGUUUCUUCAAAAGAAAAACCUUGAUAUAUUCGCUUCUCACUUAUUUAUAAAUAUAACUUUAUGUAUCUAUGUAUGUGUGUACGCUAUAAUAUAAUCUUUGUAUCUUCCUUCUUCUUUCAGUUAUUUGGUAAGUGCUGAGAAUUCCUUUGUCUAAAGAUGAGUUCAGGUCAGAGUGCUACAGCUUAUCAUCCAUCUUCAGCUUCACCUCCACCCGUUGGUUAUCCCACCCAAGACAUUCCACAAUACCCUCACAAUUCAUCAAUGGUGGAAACCAAGUCCAAGGGUGAUGGCUUCUGGAAAGGAUGUUGGUCUCUUCCUGGUUGGUACAUGUCUGCUUGGACCCGGGAGGGAUUACCUGCAGAAAGGACUCUGAAGCUCAAGUCAGCUAAAGCUCUCCAAAAGUCAAAUCAAGUGAUUAAUGGAGUAAUGAAUGCGUACCUUUAAUUAAUGGGGUCCACGUGUAUUUAUAAAGUAUUAAUUAUGUCUGGGCUGUAAGUGGGCCUAGGCCCUAACCCAGGCCUUUAGGUGGAUUCAUUGAAUACCAGGGGAGCUUUGAUUUUGCUAAGUAUAUUGAGGUUGUCGGCCUAAACCGACUACUUUCCUUGGCGGUUUGUGUUGCUCAUGUGUUGUCUUAGGCAGGUUGUUCCUCUAGAUGUUUAGGUUACCGGUUUAGGCCGGUUAGGCUUAGGUCAACCCAGCCUAGGCCGGUUACUUGAAUGCUUUGGUAUAUAGGUAUGGUUUUGUUAAGUUGGCUUGGUGUGGUACACCAGUCCCCCAGCCUUGACCGACAUAGGUAUCAGUCAAGGGUG